AUGGUUGAAGACAACGAGGAUGAGUUGAGUGGUAAUAAUAGUGAGGACGAAGAACACUAAGAGAACUAAAUCAGACAAAAGGCCAAGGGAGCUUAAAGAGUAAACAAUAUUGAAUUAGGAGAUGGAGACAAAUAUGUGUUUGACCCGGAGGUCCAAGACUUCGCAGAGGUGGUCACCAGAUUCGACCAAGAUUUCUAUCACAAACUGCAUGAAGAGGUGAAUUAAUCAAUAUAGUAAAAGGGGGACUUGACUACCUCGGAUAUCUCACGCUUGCAGAGAGAAUAAAAGACGACCAAUGCUUCCAAGAAGCGACGCUACAAGUGCAAGAGGAAUUAGGACUUCGUAACUUAUCUCAAUUCCUCCAAGAGUCUCCAAUGUUGA